GUUUUAGGUUCAACUGAACUGUAAAUGGUGCUCAUUUCCGGUGGACAGAAAUUCGACUGCAAGAAGUUGUCAGUAAAUACGUUUUUUGAAUGGUUUUCAUCAAACCCUCACAUAAAAUGCAUGGCGGAAGAUUUCAGGAAGAAACAUCCAACCGAAGUUCAUGAUAGUUUUACUUCUGUUUAUGUCCACCAAGGGGAAAUGGCUACUGUACCAUUAAAAGUAACCAAAGGCUGUGCAACAGACAGAAAUCUCCCGGAGUAUUUGUCUUCCGACGACGCAACAUCUUGCUACAUUGUCAUUUUGCGCUAUGCAACUGGCUGCUCCAUAGGACAUCUAGAUACCCCUCUGCGGGCGAAAUCAUUCUUCAGUAAAUCUGAGCAGAUUUUACUUUCCGAAAGUAGUGAUGCUUGUAUUGGAGUUCACAUAGUCGGAGGAUUUCCAGAUCCACAAAAACUUUCAGAGUCAACUCUGGGUGAGAUACUGUCAUUACUGGUUCGUACCAACCAUACCUAUGACCUCCGAGUAUGCUGUAUUGCAGAGAAUAAUAUUCGAAUUUUUAACGGGAUUAGACUUCCUUUAGUAAUGGGUGUUAACUACCACAUCAAAACAGAUCAAGUCGACCCAGCUCGCAUAAGUUGGAAAGCCCGGGGGCCUGUCCCAGCUUUGAGACUUUCACGCUUAAGUUCUUAUUCAGGUGAGAUAACCAAUGUUUUCGACCCUGAGAACUGCUUUCUGUGUGUGAGCCCCUUCGCUUACGUACGUCUUACUUCUAUGAACCCUGAAAUAACGUAUGAAGAAAUGCGGACCAAAUCCACAACACCUGAUCAAGAACCUCAAACUUAUUUCGAAGGUCAGGCUGCAGUGCACCAUUUAAUGUUACACUGCUAUGAUUCAUUGAGUUGGUUUAAAGCUGGUCCUCUAAUCUUCCGAUGCACUCUGGAUUCAAAUAAGCCAUGGAUUCCUGUAAAUGAAGCUUCUGCAUUUGCAUCGGAAAAUCCCCUAACAAAUGUCGAAAUAUAACUGAACUAAUAACAUGUUUUCUUUAUAUUUCACGUACAAAGAAUAAAUAAACGAAUCUUAUUUCUGUGACCCCUUUCCAUGCUAUGAAUCUAAAAUGAACAUAAGCACAUUCCUUUGAGAUCUCUUAAGGC